AUGGGGAAUUACAUCUCUUGUACACUUUCGACUCCAAUUGGAGGGAAAAGCUCGAGCUCGGCGACGACGGCGGUGCUUUUUCCGAGCGGCGAAAUUCGCCAAUUUCACGAGCCGCUCAAGGCGGCGGAGCUGAUGCUGGAGAUGCCCAAUUUCUUCGUCGUGAAUUCCCAGUCGCUGCGCGUUGGCCGGAGAUUCUCUGCUCUGGCGGCGGAUGAGGACCUCGAGAUGGCUAAUUUGUACCUCAUGUUUCCGAUGAAGAAGCUCAAUUCGGUGAUCUCGGUUGCCGACAUGGGGGCCAUGUUCCUCGCCGCCGAGCGGGUCUCCGCCCGGAAGAAGCCCCCGGUCGCCGUCGUCAUCGGCGGCGGAGGAGGAGGAGGAUCUGUUAAUGUCUCGGCAGAGGAAUCGGAAUCGGAAGGGAAGUUGAAAUUGGAUGAUGUGGAGGAAUUUUCUUCGCCGGAGAUGAAGCAUCGGAGGUCUAUGUGCAGGUCCAGGAAGCCGUUAUUGGAAACCAUUGUUGAAGAGCCCAUACUUUUGAGAUAA